AUGACGAUCAUGAACUCCACAAUCAUAACCUGGUGUCCUCCUUUGUCACCAGACUAUUUCUUGGAUCUCGCUACAUAUUCAGAUAUUCUUGCAGAAGAUGGUUUGAAUGAAAACAUUUUGAUAGAUGUUGUUGGACAGGUCGUUUCUAGAGGUGAAAUGAAAACUUCCGAGAUCAACGACAAGCCAAAGAAAAGAGUAGAGGUUGAGCUGCUAUGUCAUGAUGCAAAUGAUUCUAUGGUCAUAUGUUUUAUCCGCCUUGCAAAGAUAAAUUCAUACAAUGGUACAAGGACAAUUUCAAAUGCAUACGACAUGUCGUUGAUGUUAAUCAACCCAGACCACCCUGAUGUGCUUGAUUUUGUGUCUACGCUGUCUAAAGAUGAUCUGAAACUUACUUUCUGUGAAAGAAACUGUAAGUUUUUAAAGCAAAACAAUGAUAAGGUUGAUUAUAUCAAUCAAUUUCCUCGAAGCACUAUCUCAGACCUCCUCGAAGCAACGAUGGAAGGGAAGUUUAAGCUGGUGUGUGCUAUUUACCACAUCGAUAUGGAGUUUGGGUGGUACAAGUUAGUUCUUGAUGUGAUGGAUAGCACUAGUGAAACUAAGUUUAUCCUAUUUGACCACAAUGCUCUCAAAUUGGUCAACCAAACUGCAACAGAUGUUUUGGGAGGAAAUUAUGAUGAGAUACAAGAUCCUACCAUUGUGCCGGGUGCUUUGCAAUCAUUGGUGGGCAAAACUUUUAUGUUUCUUGCUUCAGUAGAAACCUCUAACAUUGUGGAUGGCAAAGAGACUUACAAAGUUUCUUACGUAGAAAUGGGUGAUAGUUCUACACAUGUUGAUAAUAUUGAAGAUUCAGAAGCACCUGCUGAUCCUAGGGAUGUGAUAUCUAUUGAAGAUCAUGACCAAGAUUGUGUAUCUCAUGGUCAUGACAUUGGGACAUCUGUCACUACACCUUCAUCGAAAUGUAAAGAAGAAGCUACUGAAGAUGCUUAUGCACACUCUUCAACAUCUAAAAAGAUAUGUCUACCAUCAAUCAAAGAAGCCAUUGAUGAGGCUGGUGUAAAAGCUCCAACAAAUGAAGCAGAUGAGGGUUAA